AUGGAAAGAGUUUUUCAGUUCAAAUGUGUGGACGAUGAAUGGAGUUGCAAAUAUGCCAUUCUAAGAUUGAGAGGAGAAGUUGAAUUAUGGUAUGAAAAGUUGAAGGCAAAAAGAACCCGUGAAGGAAAGGGAAAGCUUUCUUCUUGGGAAUCUCUGAAACGAAAACUCCGAGAGAGGUAUGCGCCAAUGACCUUGGAGACUGUUAAUUUCAAAAGAAGGGUGGAGAUAUUUACGAAGGCAGUUACGAUCAAAGAGGAAGAAGAAGAGUACAAAGCCUCUGCUGUUGACACAAUUAUAGUAUUUGAAACUUCACAAACCUUUGAUGACCAAGUUAAUGUUGUUGAUGUCAGGGUGGAAGAAGUCAAGGUGGAAGAAGUUAAUUUCGUUGUUGAAGACAAAAUUGCUGAAGUAAUUAUUGAAGAAACGAAUUUCAUGAUUAUAGAUGAUAAUACUGAAGCGGUGGAUGAAUUCAUUGAAGAAGUUGAAGAAGGAGAUAACUCCAAGGUUGAAAUUCUUGAAACUGUGGAGGAAAUCAUGGAAGAAAAUAAUUUUGUUGAUGCGAACAAAUUUUUUGAGAAGGAGGUAAUUUUGGUUGAACCAAGAAAGAAAUUCCAAGAGUCCAUCACAUCUACAACAGUGUAUCCCAUAGAUGACAAACAAGUCCAGAAACAUUCGACUAUAUUGAAGAGUGAAAUGAAAGUGGAGCAUAUUAAAUGCGAAGAUGUGAUUGUGGUGCAAGAGGAUGCAAAAGUGAUGGAGGUUUCGCAUCAAGAAGACCCAAAUGUUGAUUUACCCAUGGUGUGUCAGGAUGUGACUCCAACAGAUUGA